UUUUAAGUGUCGUCAUUCGCCAUAGCAUGAUCUCGGGCAUUGUCAUCAUGGCGGGUCGGCACACGAUUAUUGUGUAAAGGGCCUACCUGUAGGGUCGUUUUUCUAUGUGACUAGUAGUAGCCUACAUUAUAUAACCAAGGAGGUAUAAAAAUACCUCCUUGAUGUAAUCAGCUUUCUCAAUGGAAUCAGAGUGCCUAGGCCUACAUUACUUUCUUCGCAAGUGUAUCUUAAUGAUGAAGCAAACCUCAAUAUGUAUGAGCUAUGGUAAAAUGUAUAAUCCACUAGUUUCAGAUGUAGGUCAGAGUUCAAACACUGCUGAAGAUGAGAUGGAGAAAGAGCCAUCUUGUUGCUCACCAACCCAUUCCAAGUUAAAGACAUCUCCUAUCAAAGUGUUCAGUUUGAUCCAUAUUUUGUGUGGUGCAUUGGCCAUUGGAUUGGGCAUCGUAGCAUGUGUCUUUGGUUGCAUGUACCCCGGAGCCGGCAUUGCGGCUGGUGUAGCAUUUGUUGCAACAGGUGUUGUUGGAAUGUGCGUGGUAAAACAUGGAGUCUUGGCUGCAGUGUAUGGGUUUUUGAAUAUUUUUAGCUUUCUGAUGAGUAUUGCCCUGAUGGUGCUUAUGUUGGCUGCUUCACCUGUGAGAGAAGGCAAAUAUAGAAAAACUUGCAGCAGUCAUGAAUGUAGGAAUUACCCUAAUAACUGUUGUUAUGAUCGCUACAACUCUGAGUUUGCGCAACACAAAUUGGGUCAAAAUUUGCUGUUUGAAAAAAAAUAUGGAUGAACAUCAAGCUGUUUCAAACUCUGUUCAGAGAACUAGUGCCAAUUUGACAGAUGAAAGUUCACCACUGAGUGGCCAGUCACCAGCCAUGAAGCGAUGCUGGAAACCUUGUGAGAGCAAAUGUCACCGCAAUCUCACCAUCACCCUAAGUGUGAUCGAUAUCAUCAUCGGGGUCAUCAGUGUUGCGUUUGGAAUCUUGGCGGUGUUUGUUGAGACCCGAUUUGCACAUGUCGGAAUACCUAUCUGGACUGGAUUACUGAUAUUUACAGUGACUGGUAUUUUUGGUCUGUUGAGUGUCACAAAGAAGGGGUCGUAUAUUCCCUGUUUCUUUUCGCUUUCAAUUCUAGCAUUUCUGAUGUCUAUUAACAUGUUCACAUGGGCUUCUGUUAAUAUAUCGGAAGGGUAUAGUGAUCACGAUUCCAUAUAUGGCUGUAUCGAUUGGAGUUGCAAAACUAAAACAACACCAACUACUUACAUGAGCUACUAUCCAUUCUAUCCCUACUCCUACUAUACAGAAUAUCCUAAUUAUUGUUACGAUUGUGUGCCUGGUUGCUGUGAAAAUGGCUACACUUAUAUAGAGAAGAACACAACAAAUAAGGUUUUGGUGGACUCGCUCACUGUGGGAUUUGGAGUUUUGGAAACGUUAAUCUGCAUGGUAACCAUAGGCCUUUCAUUUUCUCAAUUGACUUGUUACCUAUGUUGCAGGGGCUUAAAAUGCAACUGUUGUCAACCUAAGACUAUUCACCAAUACCAGAUGGUUAUGACCCCCAAUGGUAAUCUGAUGUUGUUAGCUGUACCAAAAGCACAUGGUGUGCCAACAAUGGUAAAUAACCAACAGAACCAGCCAGUGAUGGUGCAGCACCAACCAGUAAUGAUUCUGAACCAACAUAUUGCUGCUCAGAACCAACUAGUAGGGACUCAAUCUCCACCAACUUUUGCAACUGGAGAACUUGCUGGAACUGGAGAACAAGUGCAUGGUGCACUACAACCAGUAACAGUCCAGGCUCAGGGGCAACCAUUGUUGGCCCUGGGUCCUGGCCAUCUAAUGAUGGUAGGUGGACAGGGACCACCAAUGUUGCUCCAAGCUCAGGGGCAACCAAUGAUGGUACAUCAAGAUCAGAGGCAACCAAUGGCCAUCCAAGCUCAGUGGCAGCCAAUGAUGGUACAUCAAGGUCAGGGGCAACCAAUGUUUCAACAGCCAAUGUUUGUGCAAGGUAUGGGGCAAGUAGGUAUGGUUCCAGGACAGGUACAGCCAACCAAUCAGACAGUUAUGAUUCCUGGACAGGGUCAAACUCUUCAUACGGUGACCCAAGCUCAGAUACCAAGACCUGAGCAACAAAUACAAGCUACUGGAGAACCUGCUGACACUGGAGAAGCAAUGGCAUUGUUAGCUGGACAAGAUGCUGGCAGCAUCUUAAACCCGACUGUGUAAAUUUCCAAUUUUUGUAAUUGUAAACUGCACAAAAAUAGCUACACGGUUGUGUUGGUUUUAAAGCAUUUGCUUUAUGAAAGGGUAUAAUCUAAAUAACUAUAGUAUGAACAACACUAGAUGUUAGGAGGAAUAUAAACAUGAUGAGUCAACUGCAAUGUAAUCUGAUUUAUGUAUAUACAAAAUAAUAAUAAUUGGAAAUUAUUAUUAUUAUUACAAUUUUAUAAUUGUAUUCAAAAUUAUCUGCAAUAUACAUGUUGCUCAUCAAAGGGAUAUAUUUCUUAGUCUAAUAUAUACUCAGUAUACAUUUCACUGCUAUUUAAAAUUAUAAAAAAGGUAAGUAUUACUACACAGAGUUUUAAAAUUGUAGCUUUGUAAUUAAAUUGCUUUAAAAGCAAUAUGUUGUGUUCUAAAUCGUAAGUUUUUGUGGAUGAUGUGGUACAUGAUAAAAUAUCAAUGUUAAAUAUUUUUAUAUAGACUUUUUUUUAUGUUUAAAGGGUUAUUAUAUGUCUGGGCAUGUUCACAGUAAAUGGACGCGAUAUUAUGUUGAUAUUUUCAUGGAAAAUAGAAUACAGAGGAUUUAGGCCCAACUAUGUGGAACAAAAGAUAUGAUACCAAUGUUUUUGAAAAAGGGUUGCGAUAAGAUAAUCAAAUUGUCUUUCCAAAAGAAAUACGCAUUUUGUAUUUUGAUACACUACAAAUCCUUUUCCCUUAUAGACAGAUUCUUGAUUUAUAUAUGGGCCAAUAACCUUUAAUAAUAGCUGCAACUAAUAUAAAAUGCAAGAUUACCAAUUUUUUAAUAUUUUCUUACUAUAUAAAUAUGGAUAAACAUAUAAAAUUACACAGUUUUCUUUUUUUAUAUAUAUUUUUUUCCAAUAUACUUCUUAUAGUAACAUAAUUGAGCUCAGUCCUUGUAAUACAAUUAAAAAAAAUAUAAGCCUACUACAUCAAAUUUUAGGCAUUUUUGUCAUGUCACACUUUUGAAUGGUGAAAUACUAAAAAGUAUACCAAUCUAUCAUUAUUUUUUGUACUGCUAAUUGUAUGAUCAUGAAAUGAUUUUUAAUAUGUGGACUUAGUACUGGGUGAAGCUCAGUUCGCUUGGCCUUUUGAAGUUUUGAUUGUUUUUUUUUUUUUUUACUCGUCCUGCUUAUUACGGGUACCUGCUGGGCUGAUUUUGAGCCAUUUGUCCUGGUACCAAAAAAAUGCUGAUAAAUAUAACAGGCCUCUUAACUUUGGGGACCCUGGCUUCUACAAUAAUAAAUAAUAGUUUAAACCAUCAUGUAGCAAAGGUUGGGUGUGGAUUUGCUGUCCUCAGAAUUGUAAUCACCCUUCCCCACUAGCAUAGAGAUGGGCAGUGCAGCCUGUGCAAAGUACUGGGGCCGAGGGCUUUUAGGAGCCCAUUCAUAAAUAGGCCUAAUAAUGAUACUUAAAAAUAAUUUCCAACUUAAUCUUUUUGAAGAAAAAAAAAAUCAAGGUGCCCCAGUGCCCCCAACCCACCGGAAUCGUUCAAAAUUAUAUUUAAGAAUUUGGAAGAAAAAGAAAGUUAUAUAUUUGAAUUUAAAUCUGUAAUUUGCAUUUCCGGCCACCGAGAGGUGUCAUAAUCAAAAUUUCCCUGCCUUAGCCCCACCAAGGUUAGUCUGCACCCUCCAUCGGUUGACGCUUCACAUCAAAAGGCCUGGCAAUUAAUUCUGCCCUAGGGCUCGUCCUCACCUACCUACACUGCUGCCCUUCCCUGAUCAAUAAGUCUAGCUACAGAUUUGAGCCUUAAUUUAAUAUAUAAGUCAAUCGUGACGUCAUCACCCUUACUCCCAGUGUUAUUUUCCUGUCCCAAAACGUGUACUAAUUCUUUCGUUAGUGCACUGUUUACUUUACUGUUCGUGUGCAAAAUGUGGAAACAAAUUGUACAAGGAAAACACAGAAAGUCACUUAAAAUUUAAUAUAGUGUAUGGAAAAUUAAGGAAUUCUUUGAAUCAAUGAACUUAAUGAACAAAAGAUACAGAACAUUAUUUUAUAGGAAUAUCCUACACCUAUUUUAAAGGCUCAAGAAACGAACUUAGCUGUAGCAGGUGGCCGCCGCAACUAGACCGUAACCUAGACUAGAUGAAAUCAAACGAUUUUACAUGUGAGCACAGACUGAUUUGUGGGGAAUAGAGAAACCAUGACGCAUCUAUUUUAUGAUUGCAGUUAUAAACUUUAAAAAAAAUAUUAAUAUCUAAUUUUUAUAGUUAAAUUUUACAUUUAUAAACCCAGAUGUUGUUCUGUGAGACCAUCAAAUAAAAGUUUUAAUGAGUUUGUAAAAUUCAAUUUGCAAGCAGAAGAACAUUUUUAAUUAAUGACAGAAAAGUCAAUAUAAUGAGUGGCAACUAAUAAGACCACUGAUUUUAUAGACCAUUUUCGGGAAAUUUGAAAUAACCGUGGCAAAGGAUUGAUUGUUAACACAUAUUUAUCAGCAAUUUUCGGUAGGCCUUUGAUUUUCUAAGCAUGUGAAGUUAUUUAUAUUAUAGUAUAUUAAGCCAUUUGUAUAAUUGGUUGUUAUUUUUUCGUUUUUGUGUAGGUCCUUUCUCUAUGUACGACUGUCAUGUUUUGUGUUUUUGUCAUUUUGAAGAAUAAAUGUUUCAAAAGUUAGUAA